AUGGAUGUUUUGUCUGAAGAUGGAGAUUUUGGGGAGGUGUUUGACGAGAGAGUCAGGAUCCGUAAAAGACGUGCUUUUGCAAACAUUACAAACAGACCUGAGGAUGAGAAGCUGGGUGGAGAAAAGAAGGCCGAGACUCAAGACACGUCCAAAAGCCUAAAAGGUCUUGGAAAUGAGGUGCGAGGUAAGGUGAUUUUUCGAGACUUUACUGAGGAGCCUAGAAAAGGCCUGGGAGAAGGAAGAAAGGAGGUUGAAAGUGGAGAAGAGAAGAAUUCCAACAUGCUUUUGAAGAUCCAAAAGGAAUUUGAGGAACUAAAGGAAAUACAUAGAAAGGUAUUGAGAGAUCGGAGAAAGCUAAUACGGGCAAUGGAGAAAGAAGUUGGAGAGUUGAAGCGUCGAAUUGAAUCCAAAAGGAAAGCGGAAAUGGAGAGUCUAGAGAAUAAGUAUAGUAGAAAGCUCGAAGAGAUGCGAGAGGCAUAUAAGAAGGUUGCUAAAGAAAAGAUUCUUGAGUACAAAAAGAAGCUUGAUGAAGCUUAUAGAGUAAAGGCUUCUGAACUCAGAGAGAAAUAUGGAACUCGGAAAAGAAUAAGGAGCCCGCGCAAGAAAAGAUAG